AUGGGGUGGUGACAUACGAUCCUCCCCUGUGCCUGACCCUGAUGUUCCUGCAGCUUUUAAUAUCGCAAUAUUCAGAGUUGGUAUAAAAGCUUGUGGACAAAAGGAUGUCAGAAGGACUUGAAGCAGAAGAUACCUGCAACCAUGGGAAACAAGCAAACUAUUUUUACUCCUGAACAGCUUGAUACAUAUCAAGACUGUACUUUCUUUACAAGGAAGGAAAUACUAAGGCUUUUUCACAGAUACAGAGACCUGGCACCACAACUUGUUCCAGAUGACUACACAAAUAAACCAGAUGUGCGGAUUCCUUAUGAACUCAUAGGCAGCAUGCCAGAACUCAAGGAUAAUCCCUUCCGCCAAAGAAUAGCUGAAGUGUUCUCUGAGGAUGGGGAUGGAAACAUGACUUUGGAUGAUUUUUUGGACAUGUUUUCUGUGCUUAGUGAAAUGGCUCCACGUGAUCUUAAAGCCUAUUAUGCAUUCAGAAUAUAUGAUUUCAAUAAUGAUGACUACAUUUGUAAAUCAGAUCUGGAAAAAACACUGAACAAGCUUACACGGAAUGAAUUAACGCCAGAGGAAGUGUGUCUGGUUUGUGAGAAGGUGAUAGAUGAAGCUGAUGUAGACAAUGAUGGAAAGCUAUCACUGGAAGAUUUUCAGCACAUGAUUGUGAGAGCACCAGACUUUCUCAGCACAUUUCAUAUCCGGAUUUAAAGUCUCCUUGCUGUAAAGAGCUCUUCACUUGGUCUGCCUACAUUUUAUAUUGUACAUUACACAUUUUAUGUAUUUUCAUGGAGGUCUGAAAAUAAUAGUUUUUUGACCAAUCACUAAUAAAAUCAAAGAUCACUAUACACCAAACUUGGAAGCACUAGUAAUUUAAUAAACAGUGAACCACGCCCCUUUCAAAUAUGUAAUGUAUGUAGUCAGGAACUCAA